UAGUGGAUAAAUAGUUGAAAUAGUGCGUAGUGAUUACCGACCCAGGUUUUUGUUAAUUGUAGGAAAUAACGAUUUGUUUCCUACGUUAUUUUCAGAGAUAUACGUAUAGGAUACCAGUCCGGUGAUCCUAAGAAUCAUGUCUGGAGAAAAAUCGGAAUUUGAUUGGGGAAAUGAAAAACUUCAACGGGCUCAGAAAACCAUUGAGGAAUCGCCGUACGACUUAGAAGCAUGGAGUAUAUUAAUCAGGGAGGCUCAAAACAGACCUAUCACCGAAGUGAGACCCGUAUUUGAAAAACUUGUGAACGUGUUCCCAUCAGCUGGCCGUUACUGGAAAAUAUAUAUUGAGCAAGAGAUGAAAAUGCGCAACUUUGAGAAGGUGGAAAAGCUUUUCCAAAGAUGUCUUAUGAAAAUCUUAAAUAUUGAGUUAUGGAAACUCUACCUUUCUUACGUCAAAGAAACAAAAGCAAGUCUUGCUUCGUACAAGGAGAAAAUGGCACAGGCAUACGAUUUUGCAUUGGACAAAAUUGGGAUGGAUAUCCAUUCUUACAGUAUUUGGAACGAUUAUGUCACUUUUUUGAAAAGUGUUGAAGCUGUCGGUUCUUACGCAGAAAAUCAAAAGAUUAGUGCUGUGCGAAAGGUAUAUCAACGCGGUGUUAUAAAUCCAAUGAUUAAUAUGGAACAGUUAUGGAAAGACUAUAUGGCGUUUGAGCAAAACAUCAAUCCCAUAAUUGCUGAAAAAAUGGCUAUUGAAAGAUCUAGAGACUACAUGAACGCGAGACGAGUGGCUAAGGAGCUGGAAGCAGUAACGAGGGGCUUAAAUAGAAGUGCUCCUAGUGUCCCACCAACAGGUCACUCUGAAGAAGUUAAGCAGGUUGAAUUGUGGAAGAAAUACAUUGCCUGGGAGCGCAGCAAUCCAUUGCGAACAGAGGAUACGUCGCUUGUUGCUCGUCGAGUGAUGUUUGCGAUUGAGCAGUGCCUUCUGUGUCUUGGGCAUCAUCCUGCGGUCUGGCAUCAAGCUGCACACUUUUUGGAGCUAAGCUCAAAGAUUCUAACUGAAAAGGGUGACGUGAAUGCAGCUAAAAACCUGAGCGACGAGGCUGCAACAAUGUUCGAAAGAGCCACAAAUACUUUGCUUUCAAAAAAUAUGCUACUUUAUUUUGCUCAUGCUGAUUUCGAAGAAGGACGAGUCAAGUAUGAAAAAGUCCAUCAAAUCUAUCAGAAGUUCCUAGAUAUUCCAGACAUCGAUCCCACUUUGGCGUACGUCCAAUACAUGAAAUUUGCGAGACGUGCUGAAGGGAUUAAAUCAGCUAGGAUAGUUUUCAAAAGAGCUAGAGAAGAUGCUAGAUGUGCACAUCAGGUUUAUGUUGCGGCCGCGUUGAUGGAGUACUACUGCACGAAAGACAAGAAUAUAGCUUUUAGAAUCUUUGAGUUAGGUCUAAAAAAAUUCAGCGACAACCCUGAAUAUAUCUUGUGCUACAUAGAUUAUCUUUCUCAUUUGAAUGAGGACAAUAACACGAGGGUACUUUUUGAGAGGGUAUUGUCGUCAGGUAGUCUGGAGCCAGAAAAAUCUGUUGAUAUUUGGAAUAGAUUUCUUGAGUUUGAAUCUAACAUUGGUGACUUGGCCAGUAUUGUGAAAGUUGAAAAACGGCGAAGCGCAGUAUUAGAAAAGAUAAAAGAAUUUGAAGGGAAGGAGACUGCUCAGUUGGUAGACAGGUAUAAGUUCCUCAAUCUGUAUCCUUGUACACCAAUAGAAUUGAAAUCUAUCGGUUACAUGGAGGUAUCCAAUGUAGUAAGGAACAAUUCUGGCAUAGUACCUAGGGUAACCGACCCUGAAGAGUCUAUGGCGUCUCUGCCAAGACCAGAUUUGUCACAAAUGAUACCUUAUAAACCAAAAGUAAAUGCCCUAGCGGGUGAACAUCCAGUACCAGGCGGCACUUUCCCGUUACCUCCAGCUGCUGCUCAACUAUGUACAAUGCUUCCACCGCCCGGAUGCUUCCGAGGACCAUUUGUUGCAGUCGAUUUGCUUGUCGAUGUUUUUAGUAGAAUCCAAUUACCAGAGCACGCUCCACUUCCUGUAGCAGACAAUGGAUGCGAUACCAAGCUUUUUGAUCUUGCGAAAUCUGUGCACUGGAUAGUCGAUGAAAGUAACGACGGUACACAGAUUGGGUCGAAACGUCGGAGAACCCGUUUGGGUGGUGAUGAUAGCGAAGACGACGAUCUGCCUCCACCACCAGCAAACGAUAUUUAUCGCCAGAGACAGCAAAAGCGAGUGAAAUGAAUAGAAACAAUUUGAUAAAUAUUCUAUAAAUUUGACUAGGGUUUGAUCUCUGGACAACCGUGAUCAAUCGAGAGCGACAAGUACCGAUGAUUGACGCAGCACAAGCUUGAAUGUCACCCAUUGAUAUUUUUUACAAAUAUACAUAGAACUUAGAUCCAACAACUAUAUUGCAAGUAACUGUAACGUUCAAUUGCUGUUUUGUU